AUGUCGCACCCAUUCAACAACCUGGUCGAGAUCUUAUCAGAUUCAUUCUCUCCUGCUGUGAUUCUUACUGAGAAUACUCAAGAUUCUUCUACAAACAAGCCAUCUUACUGCAAAUUAUACUAUUCUCAGCUACGCACUCAUAUUCAGCAUCUUCAACAGCAAGAGCCGUUUUCCCAUCUUCAGCCUGGAACUGCAGUCACUUUCCUACUGUCCAACUCAUACGAGUACAUUACAGUCUUUUUUGCAAUCCUUGCACAACGAGCAGUGGCUAAUCCUCUCAAUCCAAACUAUACGGUGGAUGAGAUCUUGUUUUAUUUGCAAGAUGUUCAACCCAGCGUAGUGGUGGUUGCCAAAGAUGCUGCCAAUGUGGAAACUGUCAAACAAGCAGCUUCAAAAGCCAAUAUUCCUGUAUAUGAACUGAGUAUGCAAGUGGUUGCUGUGCAUUCCAAAGUGACCAGCACUAACUCUCAAUCCCAUAAAUUAAAACUAUCCAAUCUGCGUCAAACAUACUCUCUUGAUGAUGUGGCUCUCUUUCUUCAUACAAGCGGUACAACUGGUAGACCGAAAGGUGUCCCUCUUACUCACAGAGGCAUUCUUGCAUCUAUGCGUAAUAUUGUCGAUGCCUACAAACUUCAACCCACCGAUCUCUCUUACUUGGUCAUGCCACUCUUUCAUGUUCACGGUCUGAUUGGUGUGACCUUGUCUACCAUGCUGUCGGGUGGAACUGUAAUAGUUCCACCUAAAUUCUCUCCAAAACGAUUUUGGGUAGAUGUGGUGGGUUUAGGCGCUACAUGGUACUCUGCUGUUCCUACAAUCCAUCAGAUGCUAUUGAUCACAGCAAAUGAAACCUAUCUGGAACAUAAUGGCAAACUGCGUUUUAUUCGUAGCUGCAGCUCAAGUCUUGCUCCUGCCACUAUGCUCGAAUUGGAGCAGCGGUUCCACGCUCCGGUUAUCGAAGCGUAUGCCAUGACAGAAGCCUCGCAUCAAAUGACAGCUAAUUUUCUUCCUCCUGGUAUACGCAAACCUGGAUCGGUUGGCAAAGGUCGUGGUGUCAAUGUACGAAUUCUUGAUGACAAUGGAAAAGAGUUGUCUGGAACUGCUGUUGGCGAAGUGUGUGUUUCCGGACCCAAUUUGUUUACAGGAUACCACAACAAUCCCAAAGCAACUGCAGAAUCUUUUCACAUUGAUUCCAAACACCAGCGAUGGUUCCGCACAGGAGAUCUAGGUCGCAUGGAUGAAAACCGGUUUGUGGUGCUUGUAGGUCGCAUCAAAGAACAAAUCAAUCGUGGAGGAGAAAAAAUAUCCCCUGUUGAAAUUGACCAGGUUUUACUGCAACAUCCUGCUGUGGCCGAAGUGGUUACUUUUGGUUCUCCGAGCAAACUUUAUGGACAGGAAAUCGAAGCUGCAGUGGUUUUGAAAAAAACGGGCAAUGAAAACAAGGUUACUACCGAAGAGGAUUUAAAGGUAUUUGCUAGAAAAUCACUUGCGGCUUUCAAAGUUCCCUGUAAAAUCCAUAUUGUCGAUACCAUUCCAAAAACUGCUACUGGAAAAGUUCAAAGAAGGGUUGUAUCAGACCACUUUCAAAGUCUCGCGCUCCAUGCUAAAUUAUAA